CCUUAUCCGUCUCCUGACUAGAUACACGCACGUACGUCACUCGCAGCCCUAAUCGUCCCCAGCCGAUCCACGGUAUACACGUCUUUGUUUCUUUCCAGUCCCCCAAUCUCUUUUCUUCGACUUUUCUCCCCCCCGUUGAAUAUACGAUAGAGGAGCCUCUAGAACUGGUCGACCGCCCCGCGUACUGUUAGCCUGAACAGUCAAAUCAUGGCACAAGAUCUACACCCUCAUCAUGGCCUGUCGUUCGAAAUUCAGCGAAGGAGCCGCCUAGUGGAAUGUCUCACUGCAGAUGCCCUCGUUGCUGCCGGUUCAGCAACGCUGGUGACGCCCGCCGUCAUGAUUCUCGACAGACUGGUCGUUGAGAAAUCGUCCCACAAUCAACCACUCCUCCCGGCAUUUCGUCGACACCUCUGGCUGUCCAUCACGCAGCCCGCCACCUUUCUCACCUCCCGACCAAGUCUGCUCGUCUGGGGCCUCUACACGGCAACCUUUGCAACGGCCAACGCAACAGACACGGUCUUAUCACAGGUCUACCCACACAUGGACCAGGCGAUCGCCGGCCUGACGACCUUCCUCUCCACCUUCGUCGUCAACUCCUCCGUCGGGAUCUGGAAAGACGUGAAAUUCGCCCAGCUCUUCGGCCAACCGCACAACCCACCAGUGACGGCUUCCCCAACGCCCACUCCAACGCCCCAGGCCGGAGCACCACGCACAACCAACCCGCCAGCGCCAAAAAGCGCAAUCCUCCGCGCAAUGCCCCGGUCCAAGAUCCCCCUAGCCACCUAUUCAGCCUUCCUCCUCCGCGACGGCCUCACCAUCUUCGGGUCCUUCAACCUGCCCUCCAUCAUCUCCCCCUACAUCCCCGACGAGGUAGCGUCGGGCGAGUUCUCCAAGAUCCUGAUCGCGCAAAUGGCCAUCCCAGCCUCAAUCCAGUUAAUCAGCACCCCAAUCCACCUCUUCGGCCUGGACCUAUACAACCGGCCGCACCCGCUGUCCGCCCGCGACCGCAUGGCGCGCGUUAGCCGCGACUGGAUCGGAGCUAGUCUGACGCGCAUGUGCCGCAUUAUCCCCGCGUUCGGGAUCGGCGGGUUCGCCAACAGUGAAGGCCGGGCAUUGCUGCAUGGCCAGCUGCGCGCAUGGGACGGGGAAUGAACCCUAGGCGUCUUUUGCAUCAGCAGCAUCAAGUAUGCCUAUUGUGCAAAAAGUGCCCCUCUGGAUCGUCCCGUGGGCGCCAACUGGCGUGGCCGAGUAGGUGGGUCCUGGUGAUCCACCAGACCGGCCAUCCCACCACGGUUCCCUCUCUCUCUUCCAUCUGCCUUACCGCUCUGCGUGGGCUCGGUGGGAUCCGGUUUCUGCAGUGGCCCGGGUAUCAUCUCCGGUGGACGCGAGCGUGGGUGCAGCAGAGAAAUUUUGCACUCUGCAGGUUGGCUGGCCGCGUCCCCGUCCCCGACAGGCACUGACCGGGCCGGUCAGGUCGCGGUCGCGGUUAUAGGCGGUGGCCACGUCAAACUUUUUCAUUCAUUUUCCACCUUUCAUUCCUUUUUAUUUCCUUUUCUUUUUAUUUAUGAUUAUUGUAUUUAUGGAUAUAUAUAGAUGUGUGGGUGGGUGUGUUUUUUUCUUUGUGGACUGCUGGAUCAGAACUAGGGAUUUCAUUGAUUCUCUUGGUGUCCAUGAUGCGGGGACCCGGGUGUGUGCUGUGUCACUGCCGGUGGUUAGCCCUACUUACUGCCUGCUUGUUGAUAAAUGGGAGUCGAGGCCGAAUGACUUCUGGAUCUUCGGGGAUAUAGA